CUGGGUGUGCUUUGAUGGAUUCCAGGGCAUGUAAGCCUGUUACUAGUCACCAGGUUUUUGCAUGCUUUCCUCAUUUGCCUGCCAGGACUGCUUCUUUAAGCAUCAGGAGUUCAUGGAGACCUUGUCAGGAGCUGAAAUCCUGGUCUUUUGGAGGAAUGCCACUUUCACACCUCUCUACUGCAUCAACCCCACUUUUAAGUGGGGAUCAAGGUGGCCUGUCACACGCACUCCCCAUGCUACCAAGACAGCCAAGAUCUCCAACUCCCCUUAGAGCUUCCAAGGAUGUUCCAUACAGCUUCCGCUACCUUCCAAUGACCAAAAAAACACAAUGGUGGUGGAGGACUUUAGCAUGCCUCCCUUAUUUAAUGCCCCUCCAUGAGACAUGGAUGUAUGCUGAAACCGCCUAUCACCUACACCCUUUCUUGGAAGACUUUGAAUUUGUGACAUAUCCUUUUCUUGAAUUCAUUGGGAGGUUGCCCAGCUGGUCCUUGAUGGCGUACUUCUUUAUUGCAUAUCUUGGGGUAGUAAGGAAAAAGGAAUGGCCUCACUUCUUCAGGUUCCAUGUAGUGAUGGGCAUGUUACUAGAGAUUGCUUUGCAGGUGACAGGCACCAUUAGUCGGUGGAUGCCUCUGGCAGUUUACUGGUGAGAAUUUGGGCAGAAUGGACACUACUAGGGCAGCUGCAGUAGCAUUCCCAACUUCAUCAAAUCUUCAUUUGAC